AUGAGUCAACCGAACCCUUACAUUCUCGCUGCCGAUAACCCUUCAGCACUGCUGACGUUGUUACGCGCGAAUCCUGCCAUCGCCUCGGAGCAAGACGACCAUGGCUAUUCGCUGCUGCACGCUGCGGCGUCCUACGGACACAUUGAUCUGUUACGGGCACUGGUGAAGGAGUUUGGCGUGGACGUUAAUAUGCUCGAUGAGGAUUCCGAAACAUGCCUGUUUGUCACGGAAACCGUCGAGGUCGCCAAGUGCCUGGUGGAAGAGCUUGGUGUGGACUAUCACCGCACGAACGACGAGGGCCUGACGGCGCAGCAGACUGUCGAAAGCGAUGGGUCGUUCCCAGAAGUUGCACUGUACCUCAGAUCAGUCACUGGCGACUCAUGCGCCUCGAUGGCGCCUAUCCAACCCGCCGACGCCUUGAACCCUGCCCCGCCGCUGCCUCCGAACAUCCAGAUGAACAUUGGGACAAUGUCAGAGCAGGAGGUUACGGGCGAGGUGGACCCUGAGUUCAAGCGGCGGAUUGACGAGCUGGCUGCUCGCGAGGACUUUCACAGCGAAGCGACUCAGAACCAGCUACGAGCUCUGGUGAUGGAUGCUAUUAGAGGCGCUGAUAUUGAGACUGGGGAUCGAGAUGUGCGACAAAGGACGGAAUAA